AUGACUGAAGUAUUGUGUGGUAAUACACCUAUUGGAUGCGGUGAUGCAUUCGACUUUUCAAAUUGUGCACGAAAUAUGGCUUUGGAAGCAAUGGGUGUAAAGGCACCUACUACAACUAGUACUGGUACAACUAUUGUUGCAUGUGUAUACAAAGAUGGUUUGGUGAUGGGUGCAGAUUCUCGUGCAACUGCAGGUAACAUAGUUGCUGAUAAGCAUUGUGAAAAAGUCGCUAAAUUAACCGAUUCUAUAUAUGCAUGUGGUGCUGGGACAGCUGCUGAUUUGCAUCAAGUAACGAAGAUGUUGUCUGCGCAGUUACGACUUUUGGAAUUGAAUAGUGGGAAAAAGGCGCGGGUAGUUACAGCACUUAGACGAGCUAAACAGCACCUUUUUUCUCAUAUGGGUUAUAUUGGUGCAUAUUUGUUGAUUGGUGGAGUCGAUCCCUCUGGACCUCACUUGUUUGAAUGCUCAGCAAAUGGAUAUACACAAAGUAAACCUUACGCUGCAGAGGGUUCGGGUAGUUAUGCUGCGAUCACUGUUUUGGAACGAGAUUUUAAGACUAACAUGACGGUAAAAGAAGCUGUUUCUUUGGUUCAACGCUCAUUAGAAGCUGGCAUGCAUGGUGACAAUUUUUCCGGAAAUUCUUUGAACUUCGUGAUUAUUACACCUGAAACUACAGUAUUUGAAGGUCCUGUUAUUCCAAGUUUUUGUGUUCGACCAGAAGCAGUUGAACUGGACUAUAAAUUUAAGCUCGGCUCAACAAAAAUUUUGAAACAGAAGGAAAUUAAAUACGAUAUUAUUGAAAGCAUGGAUAUUUCGCAUUGA